UCGAAACGAAACGAGAACAUUCCUCGUCACUCGACUCGUCAGUCAACGACAUGCUUUCGUAGCGAGUAUAGCGGAAAGUAAAUCAAAAGUUGCGUCAGAAUCAUGGCAAUUCGAUAAAACAAGUAGACGUAGGCGUCCGCGGAUUUUUUUUAUUAUUAGCACAAAAUUAUUAGUUCAUUGAGUUUCGGUUUUGGUUUGGGUCAUGGAUGCGGAGCCCGAUAAUGAUUCGGUAGCAUUAGAAAAUAAAGUUUUCGCAAGUGAAACGAAAUGUUUGUGGGUCUAUGCAUAUGGAUCCUUGUGUUGGAGACCGGGUUUCGAUUUCCAUAAGGCCGUUCCAGGAUACGUGAAUGGAUUUCAACGAAGAUUUUGGCAAGGAAACACUACACAUCGGGGUACAUCGGAUAUGCCAGGCAGAGUCGCAACUUUGGUGGAGGAUAGUGAGGGACAAGUGUACGGGGUAGCAUUUGCGAUUAGUGGAUCAGCCGCUCUUCCUUACUUGUCACAACGAGAAUGUACGCAGGGAGGUUACAUUUCGAAGUUUAUCGACUUUUUCCCACUUGAAGGUGAAAGCUUUAAAGUCUUAGUGUACGUAGCAACUCCGUUAAAUCCACAUUGGCUAGGAGAUGCGGACAUUGACGAAAUAGCAGAUCAAAUUAUUAAUUGUAAGGGAGAAAGCGGACACAAUGUAGAAUAUCUAGUACGACUGGCCAACUUCAUGAGACAUCAUUUUCCUGACAAAUGUGAUAAUCACCUGUAUAGUUUAGAAGAAAAAGUAUUGGACAUAGUGAGAACCAAAGAAAUGUGCCUCAAGACGUUAAUGGGUACAGGAGAAGGAUGCAUUUCAUUCGUACGAAGAUCGAGUUCUGCAGGAUCAAGCCCCGGUUCGGAACGGCGGAACCGAGGAGAAGUUGAAACAUUCGAGCACACUGCCAGAGUUCCCGGAAAGAAAUUGCGUUGUCUCAACAUUUAAUUUACCUAUUCAUUAUUAUAUAAUGCUUUGUUUUGCGUACCUACCUAAAUUUGGUUACAAAGUUUUUUGAAUUGUUAUAGGAUAAAAUAAUUACUAGAGAUUUUUGAAAAGGCUAUAAAAAGAGAUUAUGUACCUACCUGUUAGGCAGCAUAUGUUUAUAUAUUAAACAGCGGCAUAUUUCUAUAUUUUCUUUCUAUUUCUGUAUUUUUUUGCAAUAAAGAAUUGUGUAUAUAACA